AUGGACAAAAUUCAGACGUACAACAAAGGCUUCUCCGACAUCAUGUCUGCUUCAUCGAAGUACAGAUUCUAUCCUAGUGCAUUGCUGUUCAUUCUGCUGUCGACACUGGAGCGGUCUGUGACUUUUGCUAAGUGCGUGGUCACGUUCAAUGUAGUUUUGCGUGGCAGCAUUGGCGACGACACCACUACGUAUAUGCUCAGCUCUGCAUUGGCUUGGCACGUUUUUUGUGUUACCAACGACGACUGCCGCUCGACAUUGCUGAUGCCUGGUAUCGGUCUGCUUGGCAACCCGUGUGGUAUUCCACGAUCAUGGCUGCCCGUCUACAUCUUCGAGAUCUCAAACAAAAACUGCGUGUGGUACGCUGACAAAGACCGGAUGUUUAUGAUUGCUAUGGCUCUGCAGGUGUCGAGUGCUGCGAUCACCAUCCUUUAUAUCGACAAGCUGGAAAACAAGUCGCUUAUGUUCGAAACAUUUGUUGCUAUCGCGAUCUGA